AUGUUCAAAUUUACUGAAGAUGAGGAUAUUUUUUUUUCAAAAUAUUAUGUAGAUGGACAAUGUAUUAAAGAAUUAAGUAAUACACAAAUUAUUGGACAAAUUAAGAAAAGAGACCCUUUAUUUGCAGGUACAAAAUUAAAUAAAAUACCAUUAUUAGAUACAUUAGUUGAAUUACUUGAUAAAGAGAAACAAAAAAUGAAAACACCAACAAAAAAUAAUGGUACAAAUGGUCAAACACCAUCUAAAAAGAGAAGUAAUCAAUCUACAGUUAAUGAAACAAGUUUUCAAGGUUCCAAUAAAAAACGUAAUACCAGAGAAAAUUCAUAUGAUAAUCAUCAAGUUGAAGAAGAAGCAGAGCAAGAAGAUGUUGAGGAAGAAGAUAGUUUUAAAUUACCAAAAGAAAUUGAUCAAUUAGGUAUCAAAGAAUUGGAAUCAAUUUUAAGAACUAAAAGAUUAAAACAAGAAUUAGAUUUUAAAAAUAAAGAAAUUAAUUCAUUAGAAAAUAAAGUUAGAGAGCUUGAAAAAAUUGCUGCAAAAAGUCCAGCAAAAGUAGGAACUCCAUUAAAAUCCACCCCACAAAGAGCACCAAAUUCCAAUGAUACACCACCACCAAGAUCAAAUUCCUCACAAACCACCGAAACAUUGAUUGUAAAACCUGAAGAUUUAAAUAGUACUUUCGCAUUGAAAAUAUAUAAUAAAGUUAGCAAAGGUUUCAAUUUUCACAAGGUUGCACAUAAAUUAGCAAGUGAUUACCAUAUGGAUGCCGAAACCAUUGCAAAGAUUCAAAAGGAGUUUACUAAAUUCAUGGUUCUAAAGGUGUUAGAUAAUGACUAUGAUGUUAAAUUGCCAUCAAAGUUAGCACCACCACCAUUGAUUCACAAAUUUUGGAAAACUCUUUGCUUGGAUUCCUUUGGUUAUUGUCAAUUCCUUAAGGUUUUGGGUGUAAAUGUUCAUCAUAAAUACGACGAAAAUGAAGAUAGAUUAGAUUAUAUUAGAACUAGAGAUUUGUAUAGAGAUUAUUUCCCAAAUUCAGUCUCUGAAUUAGAUCAUAAGAAUAUUAUGGAAAAUGGUAGUUGUUGGCCAUGGGAUUACUUGGUACCAACUCCACCACAAUCACCACACUCAAAACCCUCAACUCCUUCAAAAAGAAAAUAA